CAUCCCUGCCUGCCCUCGUUCGCGCCCGCGCCCGUCUUCAGAAAUAUCAAUCUACUGCGCUCGAUAGAUCUGACGAAACCGUACUCGAAGGAAGGGCAGACCGAGUAUUAUAUGCCGUUUGCGGCCGACGAGGUGACGAAAGUCAGCUUCUUCGAGGCCGGGGACAAGAAGGCCCCCUUCGGAGAGUUUAAGGUCGAUGAGGUGGAGUUCGAUCCUCAAAGUCCGACACAAUACUACCGCAUUCUCUUGACCGAACCUCUCGCGCCCGGAAACCAGAUCACCCUCCAAGUGGCUAUCGGCAAGACUACCGUCGUCGAGCCCAUUCCCGCCGAGAUCGAGCAGGUCGAGAAGCAGUUCCUCCAGUGGACCGGCACGCAAUACGUGGCGAGCGCGUACGUCACCGACAAGCAAAAGACGAAGCUGAAGCUGCCCAACAAUGAAGCGCCCGAGUUCACCAAGCUCACCGCGAAAUCCGACGGCACCUCCGAUCCCACCAAGGUCGGCUCAGCGUUCACGUACGGUCCCUACGAGGACGUGAAGCCGUCGAGCGGCGCCGGAAAGACCGUUAAGAUCAGAUACGAGUACACGCAUCCCGUCAUCGUGAUGGAGAAGCUCACGCGCGAUAUCGAGGUCUCCCAUUGGGGCGGCAACAUCGCUUUCGAGGAGAAAUACGUCAUGACCAAUGCCGCGGCGAAGCUUAAGAACCAGUUCUCGCGUGUCAAGUGGGCGGCGGCCAGCUACUACGGUCCCCCGACGUCUGCGAUCAAGGCCCUCACUUACAACUUGAAGGUGGGCUCGAUCGGCCCUUACUUCACCGAUGAGAUUGGAAAUGUUUCGACUUCCCGCUUCCGCAGCAACAUGCGCGAGUCGCAUCUGGAGAUCAAGCCGAGGGAGUUCGUCCGGGCGAAGCCCAAUGGCGAGGAUUUCGUGCUCAGGGUUCCGCUGUUGGAGGGGCCUAAGGAGCCCGUCGUCUACGGCGAUGUCGAGAUUAGGGUGAUCUUGCCCGAAGGUGCCACCGACGUCAAAUACUCAUCCCCCAUCCCCAUCAUUGGAGAGGAGCACUUCCUCCACAAGACGUUCAUGGACACUAUUGGCCGCACCGCCUUCAAGUUGCGCUUUUCCAACGUAGUUGACGAGCAGCACCACAAGGAGCUGAUCGUGACCUACCAUCUGCCCAAGACCGCUGGCUUCCGGAAGCCAUUCGUCAUCUUCACUGCGCUGUCGACGGUAUUCGUGUUUUCGUGGAUAGUCAGCAAGAUCGAUGUGAGGAUCGAAAAUAGAGGGCCGCUUCCCGGUGUAAUCUUCAAAGCCUAUCAUCUGAGCUUCUAGAAGCUGGUGUCGAAGCUCGUUAGUCUCCGCACUCGUGACAUCGGAGACUGCCGACAAACGGGCCCUCCAGGGUCCCACGACUCUUGAUCCACUCCACA